AACCUGGUUGCAUCUUACAAGGAGACUCGGAACGGAUUGGUGGGAGUGGAUUAUUCAACCAAAUUUGCACCGUGGCUGGCACUGGGCUGCAUUUCACCUCGAUACAUCUACCAGCAGAUCCAGAAGUAUGAGAAAGAGAGAACAGCAAAUCAGAGCACCUACUGGGUCCUCUUUGAGCUGCUGUGGCGGGACUACUUUCGAUUUGUGGCCCUGAAGUAUGGCAGAAGGAUUUUCUCAUCAGGAGGGCUUCAAAGCAAAGAGGUCUCCUGGAAAAAGGACCUUCAGCUCUUUGACUGUUGGAAAGAGGGCAGGACGGGGGUUCCCUUUGUGGACGCCAGCCUGCGGGAGCUGGCUGCCACCGGCUUCCUCUCCAACCGAGGGCGGCAGAACGUCGCCAGCUUUCUCACCAAGGACCUGGGCCUGGACUGGAGGAUGGGGGCAGAGUGGUUCCAAUACCUGCUGGUGGAUUACGACGUCUGCAGCAAUUACGGCAACUGGCUGUACAGCGCCGGCGUGGGCAACGACCCGCGGGAGGACAGGAAGUUCAACGUGAUCAAACAAGGCCUGGACUACGACAGCAAUGGGGACUACGUCCGGCUGUGGGUCCCAGAACUGGGGGGCAUACAGGGAGCAGAGGUCCACGCCCCCUGGGCACUGGACAGUGCUGCUCUCUCCCAGGCGGGGGUAGCUCUGGGUGAGACCUACCCACGGCCAGUGGUGACAGCCCCGGAGUGGAGCCGACACAUCAGCCAGAGGCCCCAGGGCAGAAGUCCCCGUGGCAGGGGCAGGAGAGGACCCGCCCACGCGCCGGUGCGGCACAGGGACAGGGGGAUGGAGUUUUACUUUUCUGGCAAGAAGGCCGCGUGA